CAUACAAUCAGAAAAACACAAAACCAACAACCAAACACUAUGCACCGCUCUUAUUCUCUCCGCUCCGCUAGAGCCCCCACCGCUUCCCAGCAGCAGGCUCCCCCUCCCCCUCCCUCUUCCACCAAAUCCCGCUUCUUCUCCAACCCCCUCUCCCACACUUGGCGCAAGACCACCGCCGCAAACUCCAUGGGCCCCGAACUCUCCCGCAAACUCGCUCUCCUCGUCAAGCUCGAGAAGAACGUGAUGCGCUCCUACGAACUCGUCGGCCGCGAGCGCAAGGAAGUCGCGAAGCAGAUCUCCAUUUGGGGUGAGGAGACUGACGACGAUGUCUCUGACGUCACUGACAAGCUCGGUGUUUUGAUUUUCGAGAUCGGAGAGUUGGAGGAUCAGUUCAUUGACCACUACGACCAGUACCGCUUGACCAUGAAGUCGAUCCGGAAUAUCGAGGCUUCCGUCCAGCCUUCCCGCGACCGUAAGGCAAAGCUCUUGGACCAAAUCGCACACUUGAAGCACAAGGACCCCGAAUCCGACAAGAUCAUUGUUAUGGAGCAGGAGCUCGUCCGCGCAGAGGCAGAGUCCCUCGUCGCCGAGGCACAGUUGUCCAACAUCACCCGCGAGAAGGUCAAGACCGCUUUCGGAUACCAAUUCGAUGCGCUCCGCGAGCAUGCGGAGAAACUCGCCAUCAUCGCAAACUACGGUAAACACCUCCUCGACCUCAUCGACGACCAGCCCGUUACCCCCGGUGAGACUCGUGCCGCAUACGAUGGCUACGAGGCAUCCCGCCAGAUCAUCAUUGAUUGUGAGAACUCGCUUGCGCAGUGGACGUCGCAGACGGCUUCUGUUCGCCCGUCGUUGAGUGUGAGGAGGAGACAGAUGAUGCAGGAGGGUGGUGUGCAGCUCGAGGACCAGCCUUUGCAGAGGGAGUCUUCUUUGUGGGUUCCGGCUGAGCAGCAUGCGAAUGGGCCUGCUACUUUGAAUGAGCCCGCACAGUUGGGUGAGCGCGUCCACGAGGAGCGCGUCGUUGAGGAGGCUACUGCCUAA